AUUUACAGGAAUGUCUACGGAUUACGUUAACACAUAACACAAUAUUCCUCUUUCUGUGGCGUACUAUUAAUAUGCUGAAGAAAUAGGAAAUUCUUCUCAAGCUAACAAGCAGUUAAAUGAAUCCUGUGGACGUUCGCUUUGAUGAUGAAUGGCUCGUGUGUGGUGUAAGCGAGUGUAGUGUUAUUUUUAUGACGAAUACUUUGGGAUUUAACGCUCUCCAAAACUAUUCUUAACGGAUACUUGCCACCAUGUUGCCGUGGGGUUGUAGUAUUGUCAGAAAUAUACCGUUACUCAUUCCCAACUGGGGAAAACUUUUAGCCAUUGUCAUAUUAUUGUUGACAUGUGUACAGGCUGUAAUAUCGGAGAAAGAAUCCGUUCAAUAUGUGACUCGGGAUACUAGAUUAGGCAAGGUUAAAGGGUAUGUACACACGGUAAAGGAUAUUGGUGACAUUGAGAGAUAUUUUGGAAUACCCUAUGCCGCACCACCAGUCGGGAACUUGAGAUUUGAAUACCCGGUUGACCAUGAAGGUUGGGGAGAUGAGAUAUACAAUGCUACUGUUCUAUCACCGGCGUGUUUACAGAUUGGAUCUAUAUGGGAAUAUACAGAGUUUCAUCAACCUGGUUUCAAUAGACAGAGUGAAGAUUGUUUAUAUCUGAAUGUAUAUAUUCCAGUACGGACAGGUGUUGUAGAACAGUGGUGGUUUAUUAGAAGUGUUGGUUCAUAUACAUGGUGGAUCUAAUGAAGUAGGGAUGGGGUCCAUGUUGCAUGGUGAUGUGCUAGCACUUAAAGCUGGUGUUAUUUUCGUAUCAAUGAACUACCGCCUUGGACCAUUAGGCUUUUUAAGCGGCGAUCCUAAGCACUUCACGGGAAACUACGGUGUAAUGGACCAAGUGAAAGCCUUACAGUGGGUACAGGAGAACAUCGGAUAUUUUGGAGGUGAUAAAAAUAAAGUGACAAUACAAGGACACAGUGCUGGAGCUUGUGAUGUUGGUCUUCACGCUUCGUCACCUUUAAGUAAAGGUUUGUUUCGUUACGCCAUCUUGGAGAGUGGUUCAUCAUUGGCAUAUUGGUGUGUUCUCAGAUAUCCGGAAUUCUCUCGUAAAAGGACGGAGAAUUUUGCUAAAUCUGUUGGCUGUAUGCGGGAUAAUCUUUUAGAAGUAAAAGAGUGUUUGAAAAUGGUUGAUAAAGAGAAAAUCAACAAUUUUAGAUUUGAUGCGUAUAUCUGGUUCCUGCCAUUUACAGUAAGCAUUGGAGACGAUUUCCUUCCAGACAAUCCAGAGAUCUUACUGGCGGAGAGACCAAUUAACGGCGAAGCGUUUUUAAUGGGAGUUACACAAAAUGAAGGGUCUUGGAGUGCGUGGAAAUUUAUGACGGGUAUAUCUAUAGUGGAAGACAUAGGAAAUGCCAUUUAUUUUAUACCUUUCGCUGUCAACAAAUAUAAAGAUUUAGCUGUAGCUGUACUACAAGAAGAAUAUGCUGCUGAUAUUGAUCCUAACAAUGGAACUGAUGUAUUUUUAGCCGUAUCAGGGAUAAUUGGAGACAGUACGUUUAUUGCCCCUGCCGUAAAACUAGCCGAUCAUCUAGCAGAGAGAAAUAAGGAUGUUUAUUUCUAUAGUUUUGAUUACAUAUCAACAUUGGCCUCAACUCCUCAACAUCACGGUGUACCACAUGGUCUGGAUCUAUUUUAUUUAUUUGGUACCCCAUUUACUGGGCAUAAAUAUCACACAUAUAACGAGGAAGACAAGGCAGUUAGUCAGGCAUUUAUAGAUAUGUGGGCGAGUUUUAUUAAAACAGGGAGGCCAAAAAUGAACAAUGAAAAGGUAUACCCCAAAUAUAUCCCCCCGGAGAAAUCCUACGUCCGUUUAGAAACCAAUAAUUCUCAGGCAGUGUUCACAAUAGACAGCAGAAUGCGCGCCAAAAAAGUUAAUUUCUGGAAUCAUUUUAUACCUUUAUUACAAGCGGCUAUGAAUAGAAAUCAUGCCGGCUGCAGUGGAACUAUUUUUUAUGACACGGUGACCAGCAUAUUAAUGUGCUCUAUGUUCGUAUUGACGUCAUUUUCAUCUACUUUGUUAUUAUUAUAAUAUUUGUUUUACAUGCAAACAAAAAAAUAAAAAAAAUAUUCUGUUUCUCAGACAAUCUUUCCUACAAAUCAGAUGCGGAACUGAGGAUUUUAUUGCCUUUACAUGAUCUAGUUUUUAACUAUUAUAGUGAGAACCGCCAGCUCUUUAUCUUUUCUCCCAUAAUGUAUGGUUAUGGUUAAUAGUGCCGGUUGGUUAAUAGUGCCGUUUAACAUGAAAACAAAUGAUGUGGCUCUUUUAAAUAACGCGGAAAUAUCUGAAAACCAGGGGGGGGGGGGCUGAAUGGUUAGCGUGCGCGCGCUGUAUCAUAAAGUCUGUCAUUGAGUCGACUGCCGUGGUUUCGAAUCCCCGAUUGUACGUGACAAGGAGAAGGGUCGCCUGUCCAACCUCGUGGGUUUUCUCCGGUUUCCUCCCACUGCUAAAGACCCCUACGCGCAAGCGAAUUAUUGAAAUAAAAUUAAACCAUAUGUUAGUCCCGGAAUGACCUAGUUUGUGUCCAGUGGACGUUAAACCCCAUUUUUCUCUCUUUCUCUCUCUCUGAAAACCAGAAUAUUUUUUUUGUUUGUAUUUGGCGAUAGUAGACAUUAUAAGUCUUACAAUAUAGAUAUUGUUUAUAAUAAUUUUAUAUAAUGCAAUAGACAGUAGGCCUAAUUUGAAUGUCUUGCCAUUUGAAGUUUAUAUGUGAUGUUGUUAGGCAGUAGGCCUAAUUGGAAUUCUAGCCAUUUGAAGUUUAUAAGUAAUAUUUAGUAUGUGAUGUUGUUAGAUGGGACAUAGUUAUUUGUUUUUGUAUUUAUAUAUAUUCUCUAUUGUAAAAACAAAACAUCUUAUCCGU